AUGGGCCCUAUCGCCGCCCUUCGCGGCCCCGUCGCCGCCCUUCCCGGCCCUGUCGCCGCCCUUCACGGCCCUGUCGCCGCCCUUCACGGCCCCGUUGCUGCCCUCUGCGGCCCCCUUACGGCCCCUCUUGGCCUCUUCGCGGCCUCGUCGCCGCCCUCCGCGGCCCUGUCGCCGCCCUUCGCGGCCCCGUCGCCGCCCUCCGCGGCCCUGUCGCCGCCCUUCACGGCCCCGUCGCCGCCCUUCGCGGCCACACGCGGCCCCUCCUUGGCCCCGUCGCCGCCCUACGCGGCUCCUCAGGCCCCUUCUCGGCUCCCCUCUCGGACUUGCCGCCCCACCGUUGCCGCCCCUGCAGCGGCAGCCGUCGCCGCCCCUUUAGCGGGAGCCACCACCGCCGGUGCCGCCGACAGCAGCGGCCGCCGCCGUUACUCCCGGGGCCGCAGCUGCCGCAGCCGCCACCAGCGGCAGUCGCCGCCACCACAGCCGGGGCCGCAGCCGCUGACUGCUGCCGCCGUUGCGCCUCGGCCCUGCCGACGCGCCUCGGCCCGUCCCUGCCGGCGCGCCUCGGCCCUGCCUGCGCGCCUCGGCCCGUCCCUGCCGCAUUUCCUACAAUGCGAUAAGAAAGACGGUCUCUCACUGUUCGAUCUCACGUCUGGCGCCUCUACUGCCCCUGCUGCCGAUGCUGACAGCACUAUUCGCUCACAGUGGGCCACACGCGAUGCUGCUGCCCGUCUUGCUGUGCGUAGUCACUUGCCGUCCACUGAGCGCGCGCAUUUUAGUCAGUUCAAGAGUGCUAAGACCUUGUAUGACACUGUCAUUGCACGCUACUCUUCCCCUGCCACUGCUGCCCUUAGCCGCCUCAUGCUGCCGUACCUGUUCCCUGACCUCGCCACCUUUCCCACAAUCGCUGACCUCAUUACGCACCUUCGCACUAGUGACACCCGCUACCGCGCUGCGCUUCCUGCUGAGUUCUGCGCCAAGGACCCCCCCCCCCCCCCCCAUGGGUGCUCCCCCUCCCCCCUUUUGCCCUCUGUUGCCUCUGCUGCUGCCGUCGACUUCGUUGGCAUCGAGUCGGUUGGCGCUGCGUCUGCCCCUAGCGGGAGAUGCCGCACCGGCAAGGGCAAGGGGGGCAAGGACGCUGGAGGGGCUCGCGGGGGUGGUGGAGGUGGCGGUGGAGGUGGCGGUGGGAGUGGGGGUGGCGGUGGGGGUGGUGGCGGGGGUGGGGGCUUCGGUGGCGGCGGUGGAGGCGGAGGCGGCGGCGGCGGUGGCGGUGGGAGCGGAGGAGGUGGCGGUGGCGGCGGUGGCGGAGGUGGCGGCGGUGGAGGCGGAGCUGGUCGGGGUGGCUCUGCGCAGCGGGGCGGCUUCGGUGGUGGUCAGCGCCAGCAGCAACAGCGCACUCGUGAGACCCCGCCCCCCCAGCAGCUUCGUGAGUGGUACGCUGCGCGUCAGCGGGGUGGGGGUGCUGGUCCUUGUGCCUACGUCCUGCGUACCGGCGACCGCACUGAUGAGCCGUGCGGUGGUCCACACACCACCCAGUGCUGCUUCGGCCGCCUCACGGACGCUUGGCGUCUCCAGUUCCCUGACGCCACUAAGAUCCCCCACUGGGGCGAGCUGCUUAGGUCGGGGGUUGCUAUCUUUGAUUUGGAUUAUGAUGCUAUUCUUGCUGCCAUGUAUGUUGUGUCUACUAGUGAUGAGGGUGACUGUUACCUGUGUGUUCCGCUUGACCCGGGCAUUGAGGCUGCUGCUCUAGGUCCUGGUGAGGCUGCUGCUCUAGGUGCUAGUGCGUCUGCUGCCCUAGGUGCUGGUGAGUCUGCUCUCUCAGGUCUCUACCUCCCCUCGAUCUCCACAAACUUAGGGAGUGGAGCUGAUCUACAGGAUGGGGGGGUUGACCAACUCUCCUCUGGCACCACCGCCUUGGUCACCCCUCCUUGCCUAUGUUAG